CUUUGGUCUACAUUUGUAAUGAUUUUUGAGGUUUUAUAAAUAAUAAUAAUAAUUAUAAAUAAUAAUAAUAAUGAAAAAAUAAUUAAUAAUAUUAAUAUUAAUAAAUAAUAAUUAUAAUAAUAAUAAUAAUAGUUAAAAGUAUGAUAUUAAUUCGCCAAAAUAAAGUUCUACUGAAUAAACGAAAUGCCUUAAUUCCGAGUUUACUUAAAAUAAGCUUACUUCCAUUCGUUACCAUUACAAUGUUUUACUUUGUUAAGAAUAUGUUAAAAGUAAGCAAAAUGGACACAUUGAACGGAAAGUUGAAGGAGUUGUUGGAACUUGAAGAGUUGAAACGCGGCCAGAUUUCUGCUAUGUGUAGCCAGUUAAUGAGUUGGGACAUGUACGAUGAAACUCUGAUGAGAAUAUGUUUCGGAGACGAUAGGACGACGUUUUACAAGCCCCUCCUACUAACGCAACUACCACACCUGGCCAGCAAUUGGUCAUUCAUCCAGCCACACGUUUUGUAUUCCAAGAAAAAACCCAACGUUACCAUAGUGAUUGGCAUAGUAACGGUGAGGCGAAGUAAUUAUCAAUACAUUGAAGAGACCCUAACCAGCCUGAUUGAAAAUUUAAAUGAAGAGGAAAUGGAAAAGACUCAAAUCGUCGUUAUGAUAACGGAAUUGAAAGAACGCAGUCGGUAUGUCGAGCAGGUCGAGAAACUCAUCACAGCCAAGUUUAUGAAACAUUUAUCAUCUGGCCUCUUACAAGUCCUAGCUUCAAACCCUGAUUUUUACCCUGACCUCAAUAGCAUAGAGGUCACUCUUGGUGACCCCAAAGAAAGAGCUAUGUGGCGGACAAAGCAGAACUUGGAUUACAUCUACUUGAUGAUGUACUGCUGGGGUAAGGGCAGAUACUAUUUGCAGUUAGAAGAUGACGUCAUAACAACCGGAAACUACAUUACCGAGAUCGAGAAGCGAGUAGAACCGUUGAAAACCGUCAGUAAAACCGGCAAAGAAUACGAAGAUUGGUUUAUGGUUCAGUUUUCAAAGAUGGGAUUUAUUGGAAAACUUUUCAACAAAGACAGUUUAUUGUUGAUGAUAGAAUUUCUAUUGAUGUUCUACCAAGACAAGCCCUGUGAUUGGCUGGUCGAUCACGUGGUCGGGACCAUGGAGACAUGCGUGCCCCUUUCGGAAAAUUCAUCUUGCCCUGGUUCACAACCCUUCAAAAAACGCAUCACCAUCUCUCCCUCUCUCUUCCAACACAUCGGCCUACAUUCAUCUCUGGCUGGAAAGAUACAAAAUAUCAAGGCACGUGACUUUCACCACAAAGUGGCGCUUUUAAGCAGCCAAAAUCCGCCGGCCACUGUACACACAACACUCAACAAAAUAAAAAAUCACCCACAUGAACUGCAACAGGUCUACGACUUCAAAAGUCCCGACCAAUCAUUUUUCUUCUGGGCCUGGGGACCUCGGAGUGAUGACGUCAUCACCAUUAAAUUCACCAAUCCACUUCCGCUAAGAAGUUACGAGAUCCGGUGCGGAACAAUGGAAUACCCGAACGACAUCCUACACAACGUGACCGUGCUAGUACAAUUCCACGACGAUGCUGUUGCUAAAGACAAAGAAAAAUUCGUAAGCAUGGACAAUGUUAACGUUCGCGAAAAUGGCCGAAUCUUAUUGGGUGACCUUAGCAGAAACAUCAACCAAUCAGUGCACGCCAUCAGGAUUCUAUUUUUAUCCGACAGUUCCUAUUGGCUGGCCAUCAAAGAGAUAAUUAUAACAACGUUUGGCUCAAAUAAAACAAUCAACAACAACAACAAUACUAAGCAUAAUAACAAGAACAACGACAACAACAACAACAUAAAAAUAAACAACAACAACAACAUUAAUGACGUCAUUAGAUUUUGCAACUAUGCAAACAUCAAUGAGACCUUUUGUUCUCGAUGGAUUGUCUUCAGAUUAAGCGUCACUCCCAACCCGAUCAUCGACUCCAUCCACAACCCAAGACACAAAAAAUUAUCAUUAAAACGUAAAAUUUACGACUUGUUUUGGCGUGAUUUCGCGAUUGUCGACGUCAUACUCUGCCUAUCAGUUGUCGCAUGGUCCAAAAGAAGUCGGCUAUUGAGGCUGGGGUUCUUGGGCACAAUGAAUUUACGGAUGUCUCUAAAUAACGGAGGCUGUAUCAGUGGACGAAACGUUACAACAUUCCUUCAUCUGUUCUUUCCAGAAACAGAGUAG